GGCCUCUGCGUCACUUCCUGCCCACGCUACAUUCACAUCCCCACGCGUUGAUUGUUGAGGAAUCAGCGUCCCAGUAGCCCGGCAAGUUUGCACCUGUAAGGUGGAAUAUUAAAGUUAUACUCUGAUUCUAUGACUCUCGAAACAAGCAUAGAGGAUAUGGAGGACCUGGAGGAGGACAUGGAAGACCUGGAGGAGGACGAACAGCUCGGCACAGACUCCGAGGAGGAAGACAGUGAGCUAUCGGACUCUGAGCUGCAAGAUGCCUUUGCCAAGGGACUUCUGAAGCCGGGGAUGAACGUCCUCACAACGAAGAGCAAAACCUGCGUCAACAACGUGGAGGGCAUCAGGCAGUGUCUGGCGGAGCUCUCCACGAGCCUGCCCUGGGUGGAGAGGUUGGACCUCACCAACCUGCCGGCCGAAGACAUCCUGGCCCGGGCUGAAGGAAAGCUCCCCGCGGCGGACGGAACCGUGAACGCAGACGAUGAUUUCCAGAGAGAGAUGUUCUUUUACCGCCAGGCCCAAGCCAGCGUUCUAGAAGCACUUCCCCGCCUGAAGAAGCUCAACAUCUUCACCAAGAGACCAGGGGACUACUUUGCAGAGAUGGCCAAGUCAGACCAGCAGAUGACGAAGAUCAGAAAGAAACUCAUUUCAAAACAAGCCAUACUGGAGAAGUCAGAGAAGGCCAAGAAGCUUCGUGAGCAGAGGAAGUUUGGCAAAAAGGUCCAAGUGGAGGUGAUCCAGAAGAGGCAGAAGGAGAAGAAGGACAUGAUGAAUGCAGUGAAGAAGUACCAGAAGGGUAUGACCGACAAAUUGGACUUCUUGGAUGGAGACCAGAAGGGACCUGCAGCAGCUAGCCAGAAGACCAAGGCCGACGCGGCUAAGAGAGGCCCCAACGCCAAGAGGAAAUCCAAAGACGACCGCUUCGGCUUCGGCGGCAAAAAGAGCGGAAAGAAGUGGAACACAAAGGAGAGCCACAACGACGUGUCGACGUUCCGAUCCAAGACGGCGCACGGGAAGGGUGGCGGGAAGGGCGGCAAGAAGGGCGGCAAAGGAGCGCAGAAUAAGCGGCCAGGAAAAUCUGUGCGCAAGAAGAUGAAGUCCCACAAAUAAACAAGAACAUUUUUGAUAAAACAUUGUAUGUAUAUAUGUGUCUUUGCCUGUAUUGAUGUUGCAUAAAAUAGGCACCAUCUUAUUAUAACUUCUUUUUAAUCAGCUAUUAUUUGUACUAUGCAAGUACGUAGAAGGCUGUGGAUGUUCAACUUGUGUUCAGGCCGAUCAGCUGAGGUUGCGAGUUUGUUCCUUGAGGCGCCAGGCAGCGUCCAUGUACUUGGUGAUCUCUGUGUUCUGACGAGGGAAGCUCAGUCUCCGGUCGCUGCGGUCUGAGACGAUCUGGGCAGGAGGAGGAAGGAGAAAAUCAACACUUCUGACAAGGCAGAAUAGAAGGGAAUUAUCAGUUGUAAUUUGAAUAACGUUUCCCUCUUCGGUGCACCACUUUGGAGUUCUACUGUACUUGAAGUUGAUUGAUAUUUGCUUUAUGAAGAUGAAUAAACUACAUCUUAAAAUAAACAAGGUGUAAGCAA